AACGUCGUUCAGUUCAACGUUCGACGCCGGUACCGGUCGCACUGGGUAGUGGCACAUUCAGUUCCGUUUCGUUUGUAUAGAAAUAUAUCAAUUUUUUCAAUCUAACACUGACUAUUUUUUAUUGAUUAAUUCGUUUUCAAUAUAUCCGAUUUUGUCAACGCGUGUGAGUUUUUAUUUCGCCAUAUUUUUUCCGUGUUCAAUGUUCGUGAUCUUCGGUUUCCAGUUGGACAUUGAUUGAAAGCAUAACAAAUCCGCUUUAGCGCUAUGCUAGUGCCCAACAAAAUAGCCAUCAAAAGUUACUGAUAAAGGAUACCCGUAAACCUCAAUAGUUUGCUGUGUGGUGUCCAACAUAAAGCGGUAUGGAAAUGGCUGCCGGCAUGGAAGUAGUCGGCGGUGCAGGUUCUCAUCAUCACCAUCACCAUCACGGACAUCACCGGAGUUGGUACGAUACACCGACCGCCUCGUCGUCAUCUUGUAGAGAUGAACCUCUUGUGGCCGAUAACAUGUCGGACCAUAUGAACACAUUUUUUGCGCACCACCACGCUGGUGCCCUUGACGGUCAUCCCGCAGCAAGGGAUUAUCACCAUCAUAGAGCUGCAGCGGCUGCAACGGCUGCAGCGGUCGCGCCGUAUCACCGGGACUCGCUAACCGUCACCGCCCGUUACUACCACCAACAAAUCCAUUCAUCGUUCGCACCACCUCCACCGACUUCAUCACACGGAUCGUCGAGGAACAUGUGCAGGCCGUCACACUUUUCCCAUCCGGCGGCCGCCUGGCUCAACGGUGGCUCCAACAGUAACGGAAGCAGCGGCGGCAACCAGCUGCAGGAAUCCAAGCUGCAGUCGUCGUCUCCGGCCGGUGGAUGGUUUUCAUCAUCACCCACCGUGGACGAUGCUCCGUCCAAAGAACUCCAGCAUGGAAGCGGCGGAAACAGUGGUAUUGGAGGUGGACAUCCGAUGUUCACAUUUCCUCCAACACCCCCAAAAGACAGUACCCCUGACUCAAUGACGACCACUACGACGACGGCAACCAGUUCAUCGUCUUCUUCUUCGUCCAGUAGUGCGGCGGCCGCAGCGGCGGCUGCAGCAGCUUAUUCUAUUGCGUCCAUGGGCGUUUUCCUACAUCCGGAUAAUCACCAGGGAUGUGGUGGUCAGGACGUGAAGCCCUCAAUGCUCUCUGGCGGCGGCGGUUCGUCAUCAAAACAACGCGAAGGUAUCACCGCCACGGCGGCAUCUUCGGCGUCUUCUUCCGGCGGCAGCUCGUCGCCCGGUAGUUCGACGUCUUCCUCUUUUAACGCGUACCACCUUAACCACCACAACCAACACGAGCCAGUCGCUGCAACCGCAGCGCCGCCCUCAUCCUAUCACUACUCCUAUCAUCAUCACCAUUCGGCCAUAGCGCCAACAGUUUUCUCGCCAGCAAAACACCCCUCAUCCUCAUGCCAUUCGCCCGGCAACAAUGCCAUGAAAUCGUCUUCUUCCUCAUCGUCCAGAAAUAAAUCUAGAACCAGCGCCGAAGGACGCGAGUGCGUGAACUGUGGUGCCACGUCGACUCCGUUGUGGAGAAGAGACGGUACUGGACACUACCUGUGUAAUGCGUGUGGCCUCUACUAUAAAAUGAACGGGCAAAACCGGCCGCUGAUUAAGCCCAAGAGACGUCUGUCUCUCCAGUCAGCUGCACGUAGAGCCGGAACGAGCUGUGCGAAUUGCAAAACGUCCACAACAACUCUGUGGAGGAGAAAUCAAAACGGCGAACCCGUUUGCAAUGCUUGCGGACUUUACUACAAGCUGCACAACGUGAAUCGACCGUUAACUAUGAAGAAGGAGGGCAUUCAAACUAGAAAUCGUAAGCUGUCUUCUAAAUCGAAAAAGAAGAAGGGAUCGAUUUUAGGCGGUAGUGUCGGCGUAGGAGGCGGUAGUGGUGGAGGAGCGGGUGCUUGUCUAUCGCUGUCCGGUAUGAUGCGAGGUGACGGAACCGGAACCGGGUACCAUCAUCCCGCUUCGGCCGCUUUGCAUCCACACCCAGCCGCUAUGAGCCAUUACCAUCAUCACGCAGCCGCUGCCGCUGCAGUUAUGUACCAUCAUCACCAUCACCAUGCCACCUCAGCUAAUCAACCGGCGGCCCCACCAACCCCGAUUCAUCCACAUCACCAUCAUAUGGCAUCCCUUACGGGACUCGGGUUACCCACCACAUCAAACGCAAUGGUGAGUAACAACUAUGCUAGUUGGAGGUCCGAAUACGCGUGAUUAUUAGACUUGCCGUUUCCCGGGCACACGACGAACCAUUUUUGCAGGGUCGGCGAUGAAUGAUUAAUAAAUCAAUUUAGACACAAAUUAUUACUUAAUUAUUGUUAAUAAAAUAUUCAUAGUUCCUAUUUAUUCCCAACAAAACAAUUUAUAAAAACUUACUCAUACAUGGUCAGUAUGGCCCGUGAAAAACUACUUCAUUCAUUUUAUUCAAUUAUAAUAGACGUUUUUAUUUUAAUUUUAGUAGAAUAUAUUUUUUUUUAUCAGAUAAAUUUAUGAACAAUUAUUAUAACUUGUUUUGCUUUUGGUACAAAUUUGUUAAAAAAAUAAUGUUUAAGAAAACUGAAGUUUACAAUAAAUUAUACUUAUGAGCUAGUCGAAAACUUGAACUUGUACAGUAAAUGAUAUUUAGAAUUAUACGCAAUUGUGCACAGUAUAAGAAAAAAAAAAGAUUUAUUGUUAGUACGUAUAAUUGUACAGAAAUAUAAUUUACAGGAUAUAUUUAUGUAUAAAGUAAUAAUUGUAUGUAAUGUUAUAACGACAAAAUGUGUAAUAUUUAUAUGUAUAUUUAAAAUUAUAUGAAAAUUCUACAGAUGCUUUGUAAAUAGAAUAUUUAAAUUAGAUCAUUAUUUUAGAAAUAUUAAACGAUUUAGAUGAAAUA